AACCGACAGCGCCACGCCCGCGCACGCCGACCCGUCGAGUCGGACCAGCGCGACGCCGCCGGGGGAUACGUGGCUCCACGCGUCGCGCGACCCCGCCACGAGGCGCGCGAGCUGGGCGACGUCGGGAAUCUUCGGCAGUCCCGGAUAAAACGCAGCAGCCACUGUGCCCCAGUUGUCCAGAAUCUCCCGCUCCCACGCCCGAAACCGACACCCUACAACUGAUCCUAUCCUACAGUAGCCCAACUACUCGACGUACCAGGCUCGACACUGCACGAGCAAUCGAGCAUGCAGUCCGUUUGCCCCACCGCGACGGCGGCCGCGCGGCCACCGCUGCGCGUCGUCCCCCGCGCGCUCGCUCCGGGGAUGGCUGGGCGCCAGGCUGGCCUUCAUAUGGGCCGCGCCGCGAGUGGUGGCACUCCCGUCACGGCGCUCCGCGCGCAGCGCGGCGACGGAGCGGAGCCGCCGGUGGAGGCGCGUAGCGAGAGGAACGUGAUUCCUGAGGUCGUUCAAGAGCACGAGGAUGAGGGCCUGGCGCCGGAGCAGCUGGAGCUUUUGGAGGACGAGGCGAUGGGCGGGGAGGACGAGGGCCGGAGCACCACGGACUACGACCGCCGCGCGCACAUCUUCGAGGAGAGCUCGCGGGUGUUCCGGGACCUCAAGCACCGCCGCGACGGCGAAGGCGAAGGCGAAGGCGACGGCGGCGUGAAGGUCGGCGCUGCCGCCGGGAGCCACGGAUGAAGCAGCACGCCACCGACAGCUAGCCACAUCUGUAGCGAGAAGUCAUUAGUCACUCCUAACUCCCAAGCGGAAAGUGCUCUACGAUCUGUGUGUAACCCACCACGUGUUUUUCACAUGCUAAAAAAUAGCGCGUUAUUCCAACGCUAAUAGCACGCUAUAGCAUAUUUGGAGAGCCAACGCUACGCUAUUUUGGCGCUAUAGCGCGCUAUUCGCGUUAAUAGUACGCUAUAGCAUGCUAAUAGCGUAUUUUUAGACCCACGCUAUUUUGUUAUAGCGCGCUAUUUUUUUCCUUGGUUUUUCAUGCAUCUUCUAUUAAUAGCUGUAUGGAUGUUCCUUUCACGCCAUCGAUCUGGUGGAAUGAGUACAACACCGUGAUUGAAAAUGAUCGGUGCGAUGAGCUGUGUACGUCGAAGCAGAUUAAUACU